UUCUCUCCACCCCACCACCAAACUAAGCCCUCUCUCUCUCUCUCUCUCUCUCUCUCUGUAAUUGUGAUGGCAAAGGACGUGGCGGAGCAUGGGUCGUUCUCGUCGGGCAAGGACUACUGCGACCCGCCGCCGGUGCCUCUCGUCGACCCGGAGGAGCUGAAAAAGUGGUCCUUCUACAGGGCACUCAUCGCUGAGUUCAUAGCCACAUUGCUCUUCCUCUACGUCUCAGUGCUCACCGUCAUCGGCUACAAGAGCCAGACCGACCCCGCCACCAACGCCGACGCGUGCGGCGGCGUCGGCAUUCUGGGCAUCGCUUGGGCCUUCGGUGGAAUGAUCUUCGUGCUUGUCUACUGCACAGCCGGCAUUUCCGGUGGCCAUAUAAAUCCGGCUGUGACGUUCGGGCUGCUGUUAGCCAGGAAGGUGUCGCUGGUCCGGGCGAUGAUGUACAUGGUGGCGCAGUGCCUGGGGGCCAUAGCUGGGGUGGCGCUCGUCAAGACCUUCCAGGAGUCGUACUACCACCGGUACGGCGGUGGCGCCAACCAGCUCGCCAGCGGCUACAGCACCGGCACCGGGCUGGGUGCCGAAAUCAUCGGAACCUUUGUCCUCGUCUACACCGUCUUCUCCGCCACCGAUCCCAAGAGGAAAGCCAGGGAUUCCCAUGUCCCAGUGUUGGCGCCACUUCCGAUUGGAUUUGCGGUGUUCAUGGUUCACCUGGCCACGAUUCCAGUGACCGGAACAGGCAUCAAUCCAGCCCGGAGCCUUGGAGCCGCAGUGAUCUACAACGAAGCCGAGGCUUGGGACGACCAAUGGAUAUUUUGGGUAGGACCGUUCGUAGGAGCAGCCAUUGCAGCCUUCUACCACCAGUUCAUCUUGAGGGCAGGAGCUGCGAAAGCUCUUGGGUCCUUCAGGAGCAGCUCCCAUGUCUGAGAUCGAUUUCUUAUUUAAUUUAGUGGAAAUGAAGAAGAAGAAGAAGAAGCACUCGGCAGGAAUUAGAUGCCAUUUUCUCUCACUUUCUUUCUGUCAUGUACUCUAUUUUAAGAUUCAAGUCUUAAUGGAACAGGAAAUGGAAAGCUUUUUAAUUGUAUCCCUUUUUGUUUCUCCUAGAUUUAUUAGGACUCUCUCUCUCUCUCUCUCUCUCUUGCUACCUAUGAAUGAAUGUUAUCAAUUUAAGCGUGCCAUCUUAUAUCA